CCCAGAAGACAAACUGACGUCGGGACGCGUCGCUGUGUUAAAUCCACUGCAACUCUGACCCACCGCUGCACACUGAACAGUCACGCCUGGAAGAAACGUUUGUGGAGUCUCCAUGAAGACCGACGUGUUUUGGAUGAGCCUGUGAGAACGGGAAACCUUCACAUCCAGACAUUGUUUCACAUUUUUUCCAUCACAAUCAGCUCCAAUAAGAAAAGAGCGCCUUCAAAACUACCAUUGAACACUAAGCGACUUUAACAGAGUGGAGCCGUGUAGUGCCUUGUUCAGGGGUACAUUAUUAAUUCUUCCCUAACUGAGCAAUUUUACAGUAGAAUUUAAUAUAAAAAAUUAAAAUUAAGAAUUUCCCAACUGGGACCACUCAUCGCGGUGGUAACCGAACUGAACCCUAGACCCUUUGGGUUUCAGGGAUCCACCUCGUGACCUCUUUGUAUGUCUUCUGACAUACUUAAGACCAUGCUGUACCUAAAGAAAUACUUCACAGAGGGCCUCAUCCAGAUGGCCAUCCUGCUGAGCCUCUGUGGAGUGAAGGUCGACGUGGGACUGGAGCCCUACCUGCCUCCCUCUUGGCAUGAGAUGAUCCUGGGUCCGGCCUCGGCUGUGACCCAGACACAAUUUCACAACCUCCGCAACCGCCUGGAGGACGGCCAUGGCCUGCACCCCAAGAAUGUGGACCCGGAUGGGUAUUUCACGGCACGAAGGCUGCUAGGCUGGGUCCGCUCUCUGGACAGAGUACAGGUUCCUCACGCAGAGCUGGAGACUUGGCUGGUCCAGAGAGAGCCAGAUCCUCUCCCCAUGGAGUGUCCAGACCAGCCCUCCCUGCUGGAGAGAGCUCCUGCUGCGGUAGAGAGAGAGCGACGUGAUCCAUCUGUGGAGCCCAGAGCUUUACGUGAUAAUGAGGAAGGAACACCAGGACGCGGUGCUCUGGAUGAGAGGGGAGAAGAAGAGGAGGAUGAAGAGGACAACCUGGCCAGGAUGCAGCAGUUUUACAGUAGGACAGAGGGAGGACGACGACCAGGAGGUUCCUACGGCCGUACUAACAGAGAGCUGACUCGGAAUGAAGAAGACCCGACUUCUUUCUACUUCCAGGAGUGUUUGAGGCUGUUGGAUGAAACCUUUCCCCACACAGAGGAACAAGAGUUAAGUGAUGUUGGCAGUAGAAGUGGAGACCUGGAACGUCACCCACCAGGCAGAAAUCCCCUGCUGUCCCCCAUCAUCCCCUCUAAUAACCCCUCUUUGGACCUGGAGCUCUGCUGGCAGGACCUACUCGCCAUCAUGGAACCUGAGAACACAGAUGUUGAUGAUGACAUGAUGACAUCAUUUGACCACGCCCCAGAUUCAAGACCAUCUGGGACCCCUUGGGGUGUUGGGUCUGCAGCUCUGCACCAAAACUGUAACAACCUUGACAACGGCAUAACAGACGUUGAUCAGGAGGUCCCUCUAAUGGAGACUCCAGUGCAGCAUGGUUUGUUGCAGUCUCCAAGCCAGUCAGUGCUAGAGCCAGCCCUGCUUCCCCUCAUCCCCAGUGCAGAGUUGGAUGACCACAGUUCAGCCUUAAACACAAGGGACAUUUUGAAAAACACAAACAUGAAUACCUUGCACAGCCCUCCAGAUCACAUGGAUCUCUUGGGAGAGGAUCCUUCAGAUUUCUACAUGGGACAAAAUGCUGAAGAUAACUCAAGUACCCUAAACAUAAACCUGCUGGCACAAGAUAUUGUAGAUAACAUGGAAGCCAGUCCGGGUUUACAGUAUGAUCUCUACCCUGAAGACACGGCUAGCUUUAAUGUUAAUUUUCAUUUGCAUGACUUAACACCUUCUAGUUCUGCCGCAUCUCUGGGGGGUAAUAAUAUGGCCCAAGACCUUCUGACAUCUCCCUCCAGUGUCUUUUUGGUUGACGAGGAGGAUAUUGGGGAUGACGAUGGUCUCCCUAGCCCACUUAGUGACCUCCUAGUGGAUGCUGCCAUCUUAGACGAGAGGAGAUUGUUGGACAUAGCUCUGGAGGAAGGAUUCAGUCCGGAGAUGGAUGCCAGGCUGGAAGAGGAGGGCUACCUGGACUGUGAAGUAGCCAAACAGGACACUGGCAGAGAUGAUGACCACUCAGUCGCAGUCACAGAAGAUCCACGUGAACCAAGAAGGCAUCAACAAGACGGUGAGGAGGAGGCAGAUUCCGACUCUGGUCUUUCCCUGGACUUCAGCCACAGCCCUGCUUCUCCAAGUGCCUCGGAGACCUCCUAUUACUCCUCUUCUUCCUCCUCUUCAUCAACCACCUCUUCAUCCUGUGUGUCAGCUGUGGAAAGUCCAUACUACGAAGAUGAAGAUGAAGAUGAAGAUGCUGAGGCUGAGGAAGGGUUAGUUAGUUCGGACAUGGAAGUGGAGGUGACAAUAAAACAGGAGGAGCUCGAAGAGGAGGAGAUGGGAGCAGUAGGAGGAGGGUUUCCUGAAGAUGUUAAACUCUUUCCUGCCAACUAUGGUGAUCGCAAGCUGUUGAAUGGCUUUCCGUGGCUGGAGCAUAUCGGCCAUGAUCACACGUACAACCAGCCCUGGUCCUCCACCUCCCCUCCAUCCCUUGGAAAGAUGCCCACCAAACACACCAAAUCCUCCCAGCGACAUCACAACCGCAGGCAUUACCACUACUCCUCCUCUGAGACCAAAAUGUGGAGCAGAGAUGAACGGCGUGCACGCGCCUUGAAGAUCCCUUUUUCCAAUGAGCUGAUUGUAAAUCUGCCAGUGGACGAGUUUAAUGACUUACUGACCAGUUAUCAGCUAGGCAAGGAUCAGCUUGCCCUCAUCAGGGACAUACGACGCCGUGGUAAGAACAAGAUAGCUGCCCAGAACUGCAGGAAGAAGAAGAUGGGCGUACUGCUGGGACUGGAGGAUGAAGUGUCUGGUUUGAGGCGCCACCGUGUGCGGCUGCUUCGAGAGAAACAAGACGCCCUGAGGAAUCUGCAGGAAAUGAAACGUCGACUGAACACCUUGUACCAGGAAGUCUUUUCCCGGCUAACGGAUGAGGACGGAAGGCCACUGGAUGCUACAGAGAACAUGCUUCAUUUCGGUGACGAUGAUAGUGUUGUGGUGGCUUCGCGCGAACAAGAGGCAUGGCUGCCACAGACUGGAGAAAAAACAAGCAAGAAACAGAGAAAUAAAAAGAAGUGAGGAGGUGGACAAGCCAUGAAUAUUCUCACAGGAGUUUUGGGCAUUAUAAAAUGCAAGGAGAGUAAAGUGAUUCCUUAAGAGGAAUGAUGCAGUUGUCGAUGAAGGAACACAGGAAUUCUUUAUCUGGUGUCAAAGGAAGAUGAUAAAAAAUACCAUUAAAUCCUUUAACACCCAAACAGAUAUCCCUGAUGGUUAUGUUGAUGAUAGGACAACCUUUACUCCAGGAUGUGUUGCUCUCCAUUCUUCACUAUAAACAUUUUCUACACUGGGAAAGCACUUGAAUCCAACUCUUAUGUUUACAUAACACUGAGGUAAAUCUAGGCCGCUAAAAAAAGUCAAUAGAGGACUUUGGACCAGAAUAUAAUGAAGUCUUCUAUGCAAAAUCCUGCUCUCAGUUGCCAAAGAGACUUGAAAAUAUUAAAGAAGCCAUCAGGCUGGUCCCUGACUGUCGGCUAAUUUAGACAAUCGUGUGACACUGAAAGUGAUCGGAGAUGGGAGAAAGAAUAUGAAGAAUUCGGUGGACAAGGAGCCUGGAGCUUCACCAGUUUUCACACCUGUGCAUACCUGAUCACUCAUUAAAGAAAGUGGGCUGUUGGAUUGUUGAAGCCAGCCCGUCCCAACACCACAGACUGAACAGACUGAAACAAACUAUUUGUUAUACACUGAUGAACUGACUGAGGAAUUACUUUUUCGCCCGUGUACUAAAAGGAUGCAUGAUAGCAUGUGGAUUUCAACUGUGCCUUUUGAUUAUGUUUUUAUGUUUUACAACACACCUAUUUGUCUGUGAGGCUAUAUCCUAUUGUCUUGUUCAAACAAGAUGGUGGUAAUCUGUGUUUCAACCAUAGCUGAAGUUGAAGCUGACAUUCAAAACAGGACUAAAGCCUGCUGUCACUCUUGGCAGGUCUGAAACACAUGGGAUAAAUAUAGACAACAGUGGAGUUAAGUCGUUAAGCUAUUAAUGUUCAAAGAUUGAUGGGGAUGGAAGUGUAAGUCAGAUUCCACAAAUACACAUUGAACUGACUCAGUAAAAAUGUCAGAUUUGAACAGACUGAUAAAUUCAAAUUCUAACAUUUCUCAAAAGUGAAGGCUAGUUUGUGUUUGAGUUGUUUUAAGUUAGCAUGUCACCCUCUGGUGGUCGUGCACAAAGAGAACGGCAUAGAGAUUCUGAUGAAAUUAUUACUGCAAGGGAAAUGGCAACAAAGUUUACCUAAUGUACAGUGUUCUAUAUUGUGGUUGGGAAAGACGUCUAUUCAAAGGUAGUAGGGGAAGUCAUGUGACUAAUAAUAGUAAAUUUAGAGUUUCUCAGGGAUUAGCAUAGUCAGAAGAACAUGCUAAUAAAUACUUUUACUCCAUGUGUAGUCACAACACAUUCAGUUUUCAAUACAGUAACUCAGUGUUUGUUUGUUUGUUGUUGGGUUUUUUUUUUAAGCAGGAGUAGUAGUAGUAGGUGAACAGUACUUGUACUAAAAAAAAAAAAAAAAAAAAACUACUGUACUACCUGUGCCCCUUGCAUAGCAAAGACAUGCACUGGAAUUAAAUGGGUUGCACCAAAAUCCCAUUUUAUAUCCUGCAGACAUGUCUGUCACUACCACUGAUGGAACAAGCCUCUGUUUGUUGUUGUGGUUGUUGUUGUUAAGUGUUUACUUUUUAUGAAUGCCCAUUUGUGCUUGUUGGUAUUCAAAAACUUCUCAAACCUCAUCUUUGGUAUUAUUAAAAACAUCUUUGGGUGUUA